AGGAACAAAAUUAGUUACCCUCUCAGUAAACGAUUUAAAAAUAUAAUUAAUUUCGGUCAUUUAAAGCAAGACAAUUGUUCAGUUAACAUAAAAAAUAUAGAAGUUUUGCUAAUUUAAAAAUGGUUAAGAUACUAACGAAUAAAGCACAAACUCCCUUUAAAAUUAUAAUUUUAACAUUACUUCUGACGUUAAGGCCGCAAGCCAGGGCAGACAUUUUUAAUUUGGAAAACUUUGGCCAAAAACUAUUUCUUGAAUUAUCGGACUCUCAGGAGCAUGAAAAUCAGCUAAUAGCAGCUUUACCUAUAGAAGGAAUUUUAAUAUUAUUACGCCAAAGUGCAGAAGCCCAUGCUGCUUACGAAAUCGGUGACACUUUAGAUUUGAUAUCAAAAGCGGCAGAUGAAAUUACAACAAAAUAUGUGGAACUAAUAGAAAAAUUCAAUGGUGAUGAAUUUAUCGUAAUGAAAAAUACUAUUUCAAUACAGUCAGAGGUAAAUAAUUUGGAUCGAACUACUGUUAUAACAGACAGAUUUGCUUUAAAUAUCUGUAAAAAAACUACAACGUUCCGAAGUGAUCAUCAGGAAAUAAAAGAGUUAAAAUUAGAUUUUACUACAGAAAUUCAAUUUAAAGGAAUGUUUCGUUAUGCUUUCUCAGGCACAGAUAAAAAACCAUUUCAUACUAGUGAUUCGACUGUUAUUGACAAGGAUAUGUUAAGUCUGCAAGCAAACUUACGAUUUGCCGAAAUUCCCGAAUUAAAAGUUAAAGUCUUUGAAAUUCCCUAUAGUUAUGGUAAUAAUUCUUUAGUAAUUUUACUACCAGACGCUCAACAUGGUAUACAGGAUCUGGAAGUGUUAUUAAAGGAUUUUCCUCUCAGUAAUUUGGAGUCAUAUUUGAAACCACGAUCGAUAAAAUUACAAUUUCCUAUGGGAGAAAUUGCUAUAGAAAAAUCUUUGAAAGAGGGUUUACAGAAUUUGGGUAUUAAAGGCAUAUUUGAACAUCUUUGUGAUAUUGAGACCGAUAUACGUGUUUCGGAUAUCAUCUUUAAAGGUCUAUUUACAAUUGGAGAUAAUAAUGCUGGAGUUAAUCCACAAGACGAUAUGGGCUCUUCCGAUUCAAGUGGUAACGAGGAAUUUGUUAUAGAUCAUCCUUUUAUAUUUAUGGUAAAAGCUUCUGCAAAUGAGACUUAUUUGAUUGGUAAAUUUUCUAAAUAAAGUUCUGAAUAACUAUAAAACACUCAAAUUCAAACACAAUCCUAAAAAUCUAUUCUCAAUUAAAAAAAAAAAAUCUACAUCACUUUAAUCAAAGUUAAAUUAUUUGUUUUCACACUAAACAAUUUAGUAAAAAAAUUGUUUUAAUUAAAAUAAAUUGAGUUGUAUUUCGUUUUUGCAUUUGCCCCC